ACAUCUUGGUAUAAGUGUGAUUUAAGCUGAUGCGGUAAAAAAUUACAAGUUUACAAUUGCAAAUUAUUAUAUCCUGCUUUUGGUUUUUCCUCAAUAAUAAAUCAAAUAGGUAUAAAAAGCCGUUUUUGAAUAAGGAGACUGCACGGGCCUUCAAUUAUAAUUGACGAAAUAUUUACAAAAUGAGUCCACCUCGACCCAUGGGCGUGUCCGCAGCCCCCUGACCGGAAGUACGUGUUCUGCUGGCGUGACGGCGCGGUCCACAUAUUCCGCUGCCAAGAAGAUAUCGUCAAGGAGGAACGACCCUUGCCCUUCGACUUCGUUCCCUUCAAGCAGUAUGUCGAGGACAUGAACCGGCUGGGGGACAUGAUCGCCGAUGGACCACUGAAAUCUUUCUGCUUCCGUCGGCUCUGCUACUUGUCUUCCAAGUUCAAGAUGCAUGUGCUUCUUAACGAAUUGCACGAACAGGCGCUACAGAAAGCAGUGCCUCACAGGGACUUCUAUAACGUCAGAAAGGUAGACACUCACAUCCACGCCGCGUCAUGCAUGAACCAGAAGCAUCUCCUCCGCUUCAUCAAGCGAACUCUUCGGCAGAACGCCAACGAAAUCGUCACUGUCAAGAAUGGCGUCCCAGUCACCUUGAAGACCGUGUUCGAGGAUAUGAAGCUGGACGCUUACGACCUCAAUGUGGAUAUCUUGGAUGUCCAUGCGGACCGCAACACCUUCCACCGAUUCGACAGAUUCAACGCUAAGUACAAUCCGGUGGGGGAGAGCGGCCUGCGGGAGGUGUUCCUCAAGACGGACAACUAUAUGAAUGGCACAUACUUCGCUAAUAUUAUCAAGGAAGUAAUAGCCGACCUAGCCGAGAACAAGUACACGUACCUUGAACCGCGAAUCUCCAUCUACUGCAAGAACAAGAACGAGUGGAGCAAGCUGGCCACGUGGGCGCUCCACAACGACGGGCACUCGCCACACCUGCGGUGGCUGGUGCAGGUGCCGAGGCUGUACGAUAUCUACCGAAUCAAGAAGCUUCUGAAGAACUUCCAGGAGUUCCUCAGCAACCUGUUCGACCCGCUGUUCGAGGUUUCCAUCAACCCCACCGCCAACCCGGAUCUCCACAAAUUUCUCACGCAACUGAUAGGUUUCGACAGCGUGGACGACGAGUCGAAGCCUGAAAACCCGAAUCUCACUGAAACCAUGAAGCCGCCGCAAGAGUGGGACGAUGAGGAAAAUCCGCCGUACACCUACUACUUGUAUUACAUGUACGCCAACAUGUCUGUGCUCAACAAGCUCAGGAAAGAACAAGGCUUGAACACGUUCGUGUUCCGGCCACAUUGCGGGGAGGCGGGGCCGGCGUACCACCUCAACGCUGGGUUCCUUCUGUCGCAGAACAUCUCCCACGGCCUGAUGCUGCGCAAGACGCCAGCCCAGCAGUACUUGUACUACCUGUCGCAGAUCUUCAUCGCCAUGUCUCCCCUCAGCAACAACUCGCUGUUCCUCCGCUACCACAGGAACCCCAUGCCAGACUACUUCGCCAGGGGACUGCCGGUCACACUGAGCACUGACGACCCGCUGCAGUUCCACUUCACAAGGGAGCCACUCAUGGAAGAGUACAGCAUCGCUGCGCAGGCGUGGAAACUGAGCCAGUGCGACAUGUGCGAGCUGGCGAGGAACUCCGUGCUGCAGUCGGGGUUCCCGCACGAGAUGAAGCAGUACUGGCUCGGGCAGGACUACAUGCAGGAGGGCCCGGCCGGCAACGACAUCACGCGGACCAACGUGCCCAACGUGAGGGUCGCCUUCCGCUACGACACCCUGCUGGACGAGCUCGACAUGCUGUUCCACGCUCACGAGGAUUGACUUCCACUCUUGUCCGGGUGAAGCCAAUUUUAAGGUAGGGGUCGCCUUCCGCUACGACACGCUGCUGGACGAGCUGGACAUGCUGUUCCACGCUCACGAGGAUUGACUUCCACUCUUGUCCGGUAAAGCCAAUUUUAAGGUAGGGGUCGCCUUCCGCUACGACACCCUGCUGGACGAGCUGGACAUGCUGUUCCACGCUCACGAGGAUUGACUUCCACUCUCGUCGGGUGUAGCCAAUUUUAAGGUAGGUACUACGUUGUUAGGCGAUGGGCUAGCAACCUGUCACUAAUUGAAUCUCAAUUCUAUCAUUAAGCCAAACAGCUGAACGUGGCCAUUCAGUCUUUUAAACACUGUUGGCUCUGUCUACCCCACAAGGGACAUAGACGUGACUAUGUGUGUGUGUGUGUGUAUGUACACACAUACACACUACGUUGUUUAUUCUCUUGUUUGCUUAAUAUUUACUUAUUACAAUGUUAUGUUUAUUCAUCAUUUCGAACAUCACUAAACUUAAUAAUUGUCACAUCUUUUAGUUUCACAACAUUGGUUGGCAUAUAUACAUGCAUACAUAUAAUUCACGUCUAAAUCCCUUACGGGGUAGACAGAACCAACAGUCUUGAAAAGACUGAUAGGCCACGUUCAGCUGUUUGGCUUAAUGAUAGAAUUGAGAUUUAAAUAGUGACAGGUUGCUAGACCAUCGCCUGAAAGAAUCCCAAGUUUAUAACACUUCCUUAGUCGUCUUUUACGACAUUGAUGGGAACGAUAAGGAGCGGUCCUAUUCCUUUAACCACACGGCACUGACACAUUGGUUGACUUAGAAUAAAUUACCUGCGAACUUAAUUGUUCGGUAUUUGGAGCAAGACACAAUUAUCCUACUAAUAUUAUAAAUUCGAAAGUUUGUGAGUAUGUCAGGAUCAGGAUGUCAGUAUGAAUGUUUGUUACUCUUUCACGCAAAAACUACUGAACCGAUCACGAUGAAAUUUGGUAUGUAGCUA